GAGACCUGCUGCUGCUCUUCCUGCCGCUGCUGUAGCAGACGCCUUUGCUGGUAGCUUGAUAAUCCCUGGCUGCCUCGCUGCAUGCUACAGUGAUGACCAGCGUCCGUGGAUGGGCGCCUUGAGCAUCCCUGGCUGCCGUCCACCACACCACAGCGAUGACCAGCGUCUAUGGCUUUGCUACCAUGAAGUCCACCAAGUCCCCCCGGCGUUAUAGGAGUGUGAAGAGGAAUGCCGGUAGGAUGUACCUGGGGGAACUGCCCCCAUCCAGUGACCCCAGUGAUGGGAGAGGAGACAGCAGUGACCCGGAACAAAUCUUCCAGAACAUUCAGUUCCAGAAGGAGCUGAUGGCCAACCUGCGGUGCCGGCCGUGGCCCAUGAGGCAGAAGCUGAUGGCCCUCAGGCAAGCCAAGGAGGUGGUGCUGAAGUUUGAAGGCCGGCUGACCAGGACCAGGGGGUAUCAGACAGCUGGAGCAGAGCUCUGGAGGAAGUUCGCUCGUCUGGCCUACAACUUCCUGGUCAUUUUCAUCCCCUGGGAAAUGAGAAUAAAGAAAAUCGAAAGUCACUUUGGGUCCGGAGUGGCCUCCUACUUCAUCUUUCUCAGGUGGCUGUUUGGCAUCAACAUUGUCCUGACCAUCAUGACAGGUGCCUUUGUAGUUCUUCCUGAGCUGCUGGCCGGGCGGCCAUUUGGGAGCACAGUGAGCAAGACCAUCCCCAAGGAGCACUUCUCCAGUGCACAGGAUCUGGACACCAUCUGGUCCCUGGGGGGCUACCUCCAGUAUUCGGUUCUCUUCUACGGCUACUACGGCCGAGACCGGAAGAUCGGGCAGGCGGGCUACCGGCUACCCCUGGCGUACUUCCUGGUCGGGAUGGCGGUGUUCGCCUACAGCUUCAUCGUCCUGCUCAAAAAGAUGGCCAAGAACUCACGCCUCAGCCUCGCGGGCGCCUCCGAUGAGAGCUACACUUUCUGCUGGCGGGUUUUCUGCGCGUGGGACUUCCUCAUCGGGAACCCGGAGGCCGCGGAGAGCAAGGCCGCGGCCAUCGUCAACAGCAUCAGGGAAGCGAUCCUGGAAGAGCAAGAAAAGAAGAAAAGCACCAACCUGGCCGUGACCAUCUGUCUCCGGAUCAUCGCCAACAUUCUGGUGCUCCUCUCCCUCGCGGGGAGCAUCUACAUCAUCUACUUCGUGGUGGACCGGUCUCAGCGGCUGGAGCGGAUGAAGAAAGAGCUGACCCUCUGGGAGAAGAAUGAGGUGAGCGUGGUAGUGUCCCUGAUCACGAUGAUCGCACCCUCCGCCUUUGAGUUGGUGGCGGCAUUGGAGAUGUACCACCCUCGGACUACCCUGCGCUUCCAGCUGGCGAGGGUUCUGGUCCUGUACCUGGGGAACCUGUACAGCCUGAUCAUCGCACUUCUGGACAAAGUGAACAGCAUGAGCAUGGUGCGAGCUGAAGCGAAGAGCAAUGUGACAUCCAGGCUCGAAUCCUCUACGAUCCGUGCACUCGGCACGCUGCCCGGAGAGUGGCUGGUGACGGCACCCAGCCUGAACCUGGGGAAGAAUGGCACAGUGGCUUUGAUGGAGGGUGGUGCUCUGGGCUUCCUGGGGCCCAAUGGCACGAUGCCCACUGAGUUCACCCCGCAGAGCCAACAGGACCAAUGCUGGGAAACCUACGUGGGCCAGGAGCUGCUGAAAUUGUCCGUCAUCGACAUGAUCUUCACCGUGGGCAGCAUCCUGCUGAUAGACUUCUUCCGGGGGCUCUGUGUCCGCUACCUCAGUGAUUGCUGGUGCUGGGAUCUGGAAAGCAAAUUUCCUGAAUACGGAGAAUUCAAGAUUGCCGAGAACGUGUUGCAUUUAGUGUACAACCAAGGGAUGAUUUGGAUGGGAGCCUUCUUCUCGCCUUGCCUGCCGGCAUUCAACGUCCUCAAACUGAUCGGGCUUAUGUACCUGCGCAGCUGGGCGGUGCUUACCUGCAACGUCCCCCAUCAGCAGGUGUUCCGUGCCUCUAGGUCCAAUAACUUCUACUUGGCCAUGCUGCUGUUCAUGCUGUUUCUCUGUAUGCUCCCAACCAUCUUCGCCAUCGCUCGCUACAAGCCUUCCUUGAACUGCGGUCCUUUCAGCGGGCAGGAGAAAAUUUACGACGUUGUGUCAGACACCAUUAAGACGGACUUUCCACUGUGGGUCAGCACAGCGGUCGGCUACAUCAGCAGCCCUGUGGUCAUCUUGCCGGCUCUGCUGCUGCUCUUCAUGCUGAUCUACUACCUGCAGAGCAUUGCGAGGUCGUUAAAGCUCACCAAUAAUCAGCUGCGGCUGCAGAUGCAGAAUGGCAGGUCAGAAGACAAGAGGAAGGUCAUCCAGAUGACAGCCGCCAGGAUCCAAACGCAGGAGGGCAGUGAGACCAGGCCGCCAAAGGAGGGUGAGGCCGAGUCGGCCGGUCAGCGGCCCCCAGCGCGCCCCGGCACCCCCCGGAGGAACGGCGGACCCGUCGUUCCGGGCUCUCCGGGAGGAGGGGUUCGGACCAUCUCACAGACGGUGCUCCCCGCGGAGAUCCGUAGGCCCCUGGCCACGCCUCCCGGGACCCCAGCCCAAGGCUCCACCAUGGGGUCCAAGCAACUGGCCUGUAGGUAUCCCAGCAUCCCCCGCCAAAGCCCGGGCAGACCCCUGAAAGCCGGAUUCUACACGCCCGUGACCCUGAGGAGGCGCACGGAGAUCCUCUCGGAGCCACUCUACUGGAGAGAUGUCUGGCAGGCACAUCCUGACACCCUCGAAGGGGGGGUCCCACUCAGGGGAGGCGGGAGGACCCCCGCCCCCUGCUACUUCCUGGUGAAUGAGCAUGAGACCCUUAAGAAGCCGCCCCGCUCCUUCGCCCGGCCUUCCCGGCACCUUCAAGGGGAUGAGGCCUACCCUAGGGGCGUCCGCCGUUACGUGCUGUGGGAACCCCAGUUGGCGUAUUCCCCGCCCCUGAGCAAGGAGGAGCGGGAGGAAGAGGAGGAGGAGGAGGAAGAGGAGGAGGAACAGAGGAGGGAUCCUGCAGGGAGAUCUUACCGCCCCCACUCGCUGUCCGACCUACGCCAGGCACCCCACUUCUUCAUCGGCGAGGGGGCAGGCAGCCCUUCCCUGUGCGGCAGAGCCGUCAUCCACAGGUCGUGGGAGGGGGGCUUCGGCGGCCCACCUUACCUUCACCGGAAGCGACCCCCCAGGAAUGGUGCCUGGGCCCCCCGGAUCCGUCGGGCAGAGCGCUCCUUCACCGAGUCCGAUUCCGGGUCCCUGGCCUCCAGCAGCGACCAGCAGAACAGCAGCGGUGACCAGUACAUCCAGAUCAGGCACCGUCCGGACAGGCCCGUGAGGCCUGUGGGAAAGGCGAGCGGGAGGAAGCCGGGGCAUGGUUCCGCUCUCGCGGGUUCGGAGUCACUGGGCUUGAUAUGUUCCAACGUUUAGGAACAGCAUGGCUUAGUAAUAAUAAUAAUGAUAAUGGUAUUU